AUGUCUGUCAAACAAGAGCAUCCUUUAAUUGUAAAACCAGAAACAGAAAUAAACAUUCUGAAAGGACUAAAACUCCAGAUAAUAAAGCUGAAGAAACAAAGACAGUUAACACUGAGAUCGGUAUUUUCUAUGUGUGAUAAAGACGUUUGCAUUAAACCUGAAUGCAGUAUAUUUUAUUCCAAGUUUUUCUGCUCUAUAUGUGCAAGAAAAUAUAUUUCAAAUUUUCCUACUAGUAUCCAAGAAAAAAUCAAAACUACAAAAAGAAUUUAG